AUUUGGGACUCUCUCAGAAGUUGUAGUGGUUAAGGAAAAAGACUCCCAACGAUCCCGGGGCUAUGGGUUUGUAACAUUUGAAAAUCCUGAAGAUGCAAGUGAUGCAGUACGUUCUGUAAAUGGAAAGACUGUUGAUGGGCGACAGAUUCGUGUUGACUUUGCAGGCCAGCCUUCUGGUAGACGUGGCGGCAGCAGUGGUGGAAGAGGUAGCAGAGGUGGCUACAGAGGUGGCAGCUACGGAGGAAGCAGCUAUGGCAGCAGAGGUGGUUAUGGAAGUAGCUAUGGCAGCAGCGGUGGUUAUGGAGGUGGUAACUAUGGCAGUGGAGGCGGCUAUGGAGGCAGCAGCUAUAGUAGUGGAAGCUAUGGUGGCAGCUCUGGUGAUUAUAGCAGAGACAGUAGAGGUCAGAGUGGAUACAGAGGAUCCUACAGAGACAACUACGAUUAAGUGGUCACAGAUUGAAGGCCUGCUACACGUGAAUAAACAUUUUGGUUCAAGAUCGUUCCAAUGGCCAUUGACUUUUGGAGUUGAUGAGGAAUCUCCAAAUCGAUCCCUUCACUGGAUGCUUCCUGUUCUGAUUUCAGUUUCCAAAUCUGUUCACAAACUGCGCUUUAGUGUUAAGAACUUUGGAAUUUGGGUGAACACUGCCUACCACACCGUAAGAAUCAAGUGCUUUUGGUUAUCCUUCAAGAAACUUCCCUUCACUUGCCCACAGCUUUUAUUUUAGAUUUUUCCUUUAAUCUGGUACAUUACAGAGAGCUUGGGAACAUGCAUUAGGAUAAAUAUCCCUUGAGUAACUACAGAACUUGAUGCAGAUUUUGACAGUCCUUUACAUUUGUUUUGUGUAAUAUCCAGUAAAGCCACUUAAGAAUUUAUGCUUUAACUACACAUUCCAUAUUGACAGUGUAUUUUGAAUGUGGUCUGAUAUUUUUAUAUUGACUGUUGGCCUUGUGAAGCCUAUUAAAGAUGCAUUUUUUUAAAUUUA